AAUUCCCAAUAGAUUCACUUAACUAACUGACACUCUUAUUUUCCCUGGAAACAAACGGAAAAUAUAGUUUGCCUCCAUUUUUUCACUGAACCUAAGCACCGUGAGUACAAAUACAAUGGAGUCCCUCAAGUCUACCUUCCUCUCCAGUACAACCCAUCUCCACCCUUUAUUUACCCUCCCAAAACCACCUUCCAAACCCCCCAAACUUCGCAUACGCUCCUCAGUCCGCCCAGACCCAUUUUCCCUCAGCGACGGCAACCCCACAAAACCCAAACCCAAAUCCAAAAACCCCAAGAACCCACUCUCCGAUGACAACGCGCGUCGAAUCAUUAAGAAGAAGGCCCAGUACUUGAGCGCGUUGAGGCGUAACCAAGGUCCACGCGCCAUGACUCCGAAAUGGAUAAAGAGGACCCCAGAGCAGAUGGUGAAGUAUUUGGAAGAUGAGAGGAAUGGGGAGUUGUAUGGGAAGCACGUAGUGGCGGCGAUAAAGGCUGUCAGAGCUAUGGGGGAAAGAAAAGAAGGGGAAGCUGAUGUGAGGAGGGUGAUGGGGAGUUUUGUUGGGAAAUUGAGCUUCAGGGAUAUGUGUGUGGUUUUGAAAGAACAAAGGAAUUGGAGGCAAGUUAGGGAUUUUUUUGCUUGGAUGAAGUUACAGUUGAGCUAUCGCCCGAGUGUAAUUGUUUAUACGAUUGUUUUGCGUGCUUAUGGGCAAGUUGGGAAAAUCAAACUGACUGAACAGACUUUCCUGGAGAUGCUUGAAGCGGGAUGUGAACCCGAUGAAGUAGCUUGUGGUACCAUGUUGUGUACAUAUGCUAGAUGGGGACGACACAAGGCUAUGCAGUCCUUUUAUUCUGCUGUGCAAGAAAGGGGAAUCACACUUUCGACUGCUGUUUACAACUUUAUGCUGUCUUCUUUGCAAAAGAAAUCACUUCAUGAAAAGGUCAUAGAUUUAUGGAGGCAGAUGGUUGAUAAAGGGGUGGCACCCGAUAGGUUCACUUAUACAGUAGUAAUUCACUCACUUGUUAAAGGCGGUCUUUGUGAAGAGGCUUUCAAGGCUUUUGAUGAGAUGAAGAAACUUGAAUUUGUCCCUGAGGAAGCAACUUAUAGCCUGCUUAUUAGUUCACACACUAAAGACGGUAAAUGGCAGGAUGCACUAAAUUUAUAUGAAGAUAUGAGAUCCAGGGGAAUAGUUCCGAGCAACUACACUUGUGCUUCUCUUUUAACUUUGUAUUAUAAGAAUGAAGAUUAUUCACAAGCUCUAUCUCUUUUCACAGAGAUGGAAAGAAAUAAAAUUGCAGUGGAUGAAGUUAUUUAUGGCUUGCUAAUUAGAAUAUAUGGCAAACUUGGCCUUUAUGAGGAUGCACAAAGAACGUUUGAAGAGAUUGAUCAGCUUGGCCUACUAAGUGAUGAGAAAACAUAUUUAGCAAUGGCACAAGUCCAUCUUAAUUCAGGAAAUGCUAAGAGGGCUCUGGAUAUUAUUGAAAUGAUGAAAUCUAGAGACAUUUGGUUCUCAAGAUUUGCUUAUAUUGUUUCAUUGCAAUGUUAUGUCAUGAGUGAAAAUCUGGAUGCUGCUGAAGUUACAUUUCAGGCUUUAGCCAAGACUGGACUUCCUGAUUCUGGUUCUUGCAAUGAUAUGCUUAGAUUGUAUAUUAAACUCAACUUGACAGGAAGGGCCAAGAAAUUUAUUGUCCAGUUAAGGGAAGAUCAAAUAGCUUUUGAUGAGGAGUUAUAUAGGACAGUUGUAAGAAUAUAUUGCAAGGAGGGAAUGCUAGAAGACAUUGGUCAAUUGACUAAAGAGAUGGUUACUAAUGAUUCGUAUAAAGAUAACAAGUUUAUUCAAACAUUUUUUAAAGCUAUAUGUGGAGAACCCCUCAGACACCAGAAAGUUAAAGGCAAUGUGGCCUCUAACCAACUUGACUUCACUGCUCUGGGGUAUUUACUUAGGUUGUAUUUGGAAUGUAAGGAUUUCAAUAAUUUGGAAGAAAUAUUAAAGUUGUUGCUUGAGACUGCUGGUAGCAUGUCUGUAUUAACUCAACUAAUAAGCAACUUUCUGAAAGAAGGUGAUCUAUCCAACGUGAAAGCUCUUAAUGAUCAAGUUGUCAGACUAGGUUGCAGUGUGGAUGAUGCAACAAUUGCAUCUAUUAUUGGUAUAUAUGGGAAGGAACAGAAGCUAAAACAGGCCCAAGAUAUCUUCACUGCAGUUGCAGAUUCUCCCACUUGUGGGAAAUUGAUAUAUAACUCAAUGAUUGAUGCAUACAUUAAAUGUGGUAAACCUGAGGCAGCAUAUUCUCUGUACAAAGAAGCAUUCAAAAAGGGGCACUAUCUAGGCGCCAUUGCCAUCAGCAAAGUUGUCUACUCUCUGACUACUUCUGGAAAACAUCAAGAGGCAAAAGAGAUGAUACACUUGAGUUUUCAGGACAAUUUGGAACUUGAUACUGUAGCAUACAAUACAUUUAUCAAGGCAAUGUUAGAAGCAGGUAAAUUAAAUUUUGCAACCAGCAUUUAUGAGCACAUGCUUUCCAAGGGAGUUUCUCCAUCAAUUCAGACUUAUAACACAUUGAUUAGUGUUUAUGGACGAGGUCGCAAGCUGGACAAGGCAGUGGAGAUGUUCAACCUUGCUCGCAGCUCUGGCAUGACUCUGGAUGAGAAGGCAUAUAUGAAUCUUAUUUGCUAUUAUGGGAAGGCUGGUAAGAGGGAUGAAGCUUUCUCAUUGUUCACUAGAAUGCAAGAAGAAGGGAUAAAUCCAGGAAUGGUAAGCUACAAAAUUAUGAUCAAUAUGUACACCAGUGCAGGUCUAUGUGAUGAAGUUGAGAAGCUUAUUGAAGCCAUGCAGAGAGAUGGUUGCUCGCUUGACAACUCCGCAUAUCUUUCCCUUAUUCAGGCUUAUACCAAGUGUUUGAAAUAUGCAGAAGCAGAGCAAACUAUAAGUUGUAUGAGAAGAAUGGGCAUCCCUCCAACUUGUGCUCAUUUUAAUCUUUUAUUGUAUGCUUUUGCAAACGUAGGGAUGAUGAGCGAAGCAGAGAGAGUUUAUAAGGAACUAAUUACAACUGGUAUAAGUCCUGACCUGGCAUGUUACCGUGCCAUGCUAAGAGGUUACAUUGACUAUGGAUUGGUGGAAGAAGGCAUCAACUUUUUUGAGCAGAUUCGGGAUACUGCCGAACCAGAUAAGUAUAUCAUGAGUGCAGCCGUGCAUAUUUACAAGUAUGCGGGAAAGGAACCUGAAGCUAGCAGUGUUCAGGAUUCCAUGAAUAAUUUCGGGAUCCCAUUUUUGGAAAACCUCAAAGUUGGAGCCAAGAUGAAAAUCCUUUGAUCUUUAAGAGUACCAUUCCAGCACAAUGCUUCGAAUUUGAAAAUUAUCUUCAUUUCUAACCAAUACCAGCUUUUUUUUCCUUCUUUUGAAGAAGGCCAUUAUUUACCAGGUUAGCCCUUCUCUGUGUUUUCUUUUUCCUGCAUCAGAUAUAUUUUAUUGUUCUUGUGGUCUUCCCCAGAAAUUGGUUCAUAUGCCUAUUCAUGUAGGCAAACACUUUCGUUCAACUUUACAAAAUCAUGACUUUUGUUGUUCAUUUCCCAAAACCCCUUCUGGAUGUUGCAUCUGCAUAUUUUCCUUUAUGUAGUCAUGAUUCAUGAAAGUUUUUUGGGGUACAUUACAAACUGGGGGAGGAGAUUACAUCAACAGGGUUUGAACCUUGGUCAUUGGGGUGCUAAACCAGGGGCUUAACCACUGCUCCCCUGUGCUGUUGGCAUGAAAUGUUUCUAAAGCCACAUCAUUUUUGUAUGGAAGUUUUAACAAAACUAUCAUUACCGUGGAAAUUGGAGUCUUGGGUUCUUGUACUCCAGUAAACAUCUCAAGUUGUUGAUAGGUGAACCAUUCAUCAAUCUGAACCAUCUUUCUAGUAUAAUCUUUCUAUUCGUUCUUUUUACAAUUGUUUGAUUGAUAUUUGACAAUGUCUAAGAAUCACUUUUAACAUGGAAAUCUCUUCAUCAAUAGAUCUCACCUGAUAGUUGCUUACAGGGGAUCUGAAGAUUGAUGGACCAUUAGGCCUUAGAUUAUUCCAAGUUAUUUUUCACUUGGUGGAGUUAUGGACAUGAGGAAGACCCUUGAGGAUUUCAAAGCAGUUGUUUAUCUCUGCUGUUGAAAUCACCAGACUCUUGUAUUUUUGCACUAAUUUCUUUAACCAUUUGAACAGAAUUAAGCUUUAAUAUUCUUUUUUAACUGCUAGAAUCCACAACUUGAACACCCAUACUUGCACUGCUAUUGUUGGCAACUGGAGGUCUUCUUUUAAAACUACCUUAACAACCACAUUGGAACACUGCCAUGUUAGCUUCAGCAAGCAAACAGAAUCUUCUCCUCUGAACUGCCCAAUUGUUGUAAUUCUAUGGUACCUGAGUUUAUUCUAUCUAUGCUAUUUGGGGGCCUUGUGGUCAAAUGGAAAUGCUAACAUGAAAGCGACUCUUGCAUCCGUAUUGAAAGGGCUGAUGAAGAAAGAUACUCUUUGUUGCUUCCUUUCAAGAACCUUGACAGGAAUCAGAGCUGGCAGCAGCCCUAUUCAACUGAGGGAACUUCAGGUCGGUGGCAUUCAUAAAGUUAGGUGAAAAGAAAACCCAAGUAUUACCGAGACUCUUAUAACAAUGUUCAAAAACUAGUUUUGGCCGGAAAACUUGAUCAAUCAAUCGAUAUUUAGCUUGUAAAAAAUAACAUUUCAAGUAUUAAUUGCUCGUUGGAGCUCUCAAGUUCAA